AGCGGAAGUAGCGGGGCCCUGGGCGCUCCCGGAAGCGGAAGCUGAGCUCGGCGCUGCUGGAAGCUGAGCUCGUUACCGCCGCAGGAUGAACGCCCCGCCGGCCUUCGAGUCCUUCCUGCUCUUCGAGGGGGAGAAGAAAAUCACAAUUAAUAAGGAUACAAAAGUACCAAACGCCUGUUUGUUUACAAUCAACAAGGAAGACCACACGCUUGGAAAUAUCAUCAAGUCGCAAUUACUGAAAGACCCUCAGGUGUUGUUUGCAGGAUACAAGGUCCCACAUCCUCUGGAACAUAAAAUCAUCAUUCGAGUUCAGACCACUCCUGAUUACAGUCCCCAGGAAGCUUUCACCAAUGCUAUCACGGACCUGAUCAGUGAACUCUCCCUUCUGGAGGAGAGAUUCAGGGUUGCUAUCAAAGAUAAACAAGAAGGAAUUGAAUAGAAACAGGAAGCUUCAAGUGGACUAUUUUUUUUUACCUGGAGUGUGUUAUAAAUAAGUUUUUUGUUUUCAUUAUAGUGGAUGUGACUCCACUUCAUUGAACAAGUUCUUUAAAAUAAUCCUUAAACUUUUUCAGUAAGAAUUCAUGUCUCUAAUAACAGUGGCCCUAAAUUCACUUAUUUUUAAUUAGUUUGCCCAGAGAAAGCAGUAUUUUGAUUUCUGUACAGGAUAAAUUAUUUGCAGGUAGGAUGGUAAUUGUAUCAGUUGAGCUAUUAAAGUUUUUUCAAAGCUGUG